AUGGUUCAGUCCGCUAUCCUCGGUUUCCCCCGCAUGGGUGUUAACCGUGACCUGAAGAAGGCCACCGAAGCUUACUGGGGUGGAAAGAUCUCCCAGUCCGACCUCCUCGCUGAGGCCAAGCGCCUCCGUCUUGCUCACUGGAAGAUCCAGCAGGAUGCCGGUGUCGACAUCAUUCCCAGCAACGACUUCGCCCUCUACGACCAGGUCCUUCACCAGAUCCAGGACUUCGGUGCCGUUCCCGAGCGAUACACCAAGGAUGGCCUUGACCCCAUCGACCAGUACUUCGCCAUGGGCCGUGGUCACCAGAAGGAGGGUGUCGAUGUUCCCUCUCUGGAGAUGGUCAAGUGGUUCGACUCCAACUACCACUACGUCAAGCCUACCCUCCAGGACAACCAGACCUUCAAGCUCACUGACAGCCCCAAGGCUGUUGCUGAGUUCAAGGAGGCUAAGGAGGCUGGCAUCAACACCCGCCCCGUCCUCGUUGGUCCCGUUUCCUUCCUCCACCUCGGCAAGGCCGACCGUGGCCAGUCUGUCGAGCCCAUCGACCUUCUUGAGAAGCUCCUCCCCGUCUAUGAGCAGAUCCUCACCCAGCUGAAGGAGGCUGGUGCCGAGACUGUUCAGAUUGACGAGCCUGUCCUUGUCUUCGACCUUCCCCAGAAGACCAAGGCUGCCUUCAAGCCCGCCUAUGAGAAGUUCGCCAGCCUUGGUGACAAGAUCCCCAAGAUCGUCUUCACCACCUACUUCGGUGACAUCGUCCACAACCUUGACCUCCUCCCCAAGGACGUCUAUGGUGUCCACAUCGACCUUGUCCGUAACCCCGAGCAACUCGAAAAGGUUCUCGGUGCUAUCGGCUCCAACACCAUCCUCUCUGCCGGUGUCGUCGACGGCCGCAACAUCUGGAAGACCAACCUGAAGCGUGCUAUCGAGACUGUUGAGACCGCUAUCCAGAAGCUCGGCAAGGACCGUGUCAUUGCUGCCACCUCCAGCUCUCUCCUCCACACCCCUCACACUCUUGCCAGCGAGAAGAAACUGGACCCCGAGAUUGCCGACUGGUUCUCUUUCGCUACUGAGAAGGCUUCUGAGAUUGCUCUCAUUGCCAAGGCCGUCACUGAGGGUCCUGCCUCCGUCCGCGAACAGCUUGAGGCUAAUGCCAAGUCCAUCAAGGCUCGUGCCGACUCCCCCCGAACCAACGACCCCCAGGUCAAGGAGCGCCAGUCCAAGGUCACCCAGAAGGACUACGAGCGUAAGAGCGAGUUCACUACCCGUAUCAGCCAGCAGCAGAAGAAGCUGAACCUUCCCCUCUUCCCCACCACCACCAUCGGAUCUUUCCCCCAGACCAAGGAGAUCCGAGUUCAGCGAAACAAGUUCACCAAGGGUGAGAUCACCGCUGAGGAGUACGACCGCUUCAUUGAGAAGGAGAUUGAGGAGAACAUCAAGAUCCAGGAGGAGCUCGACCUCGAUGUCUUCGUCCACGGUGAGCCUGAGCGUAACGACAUGGUUCAGUUCUUCGGUGAGCGAUUCCAGGGUUAUGCUUUCACCACACACGCCUGGGUUCAGUCCUAUGGUUCUCGAUGCGUCCGACCUCCCAUCAUCGUCGGUGACAUCUCUCGACCCCAGCCCAUGACCGUCAAGGAGUCCAAGUACGCUGUCUCGGUCUCCAAGAAGCCCAUGAAGGGUAUGCUUACUGGCCCCGUCACCUGCCUUCGAUGGUCUUUCCCUCGUGACGACGUCCACCAGUCCGUCCAGGCUGAGCAGCUUGCUCUUGCCCUCCGUGACGAGGUCGUCGACCUUGAGAAGGCCGGCAUCGACGUCAUCCAGGUCGAUGAGCCCGCUCUCCGUGAGGGUCUUCCCCUCCGCUCCGGCGAGGAGCGUGAUGCCUACCUCAAGUGGGCCGUCCAGGCUUUCCGCCUCUCCACCGCCGGUGUUGAGGACGCUACUCAGAUUCACUCUCACUUCUGUUACUCUGAGUUCCAGGACUUCUUCCACGCCAUCGCUGCCCUCGAUGCCGACGUUCUGUCCAUUGAGAACAGCAAGUCUGAUGCCAAGCUCCUCCGAGUCUUCGUCGACUCUGAGUACCCCCGCCACAUCGGACCCGGUGUCUACGACAUCCACUCUCCCCGCGUCCCCAGCGAGCAGGAGAUUAAGGACCGCAUCGAGGAGAUGCUUCAGUUCCUUAAGCCCGAGCAGCUUUGGAUCGACCCUGACUGUGGUCUCAAGACCCGUCAGUGGAAGGAGACCAAGGAGGCGCUUGCCAACAUGGUUAACGCCGCCAAGUACUUCCGUGCCAAGUACGCCAAAUAA